AUGCCUUUGGCCUACUUCACUUCUCUGAACGGAUGUUCAUCCUGUCCUCCGAUAGAGAAACAGGACAUUCUACAUUUUUCAACUUUCACACACUUUCUUCCCGGAACUCCUUUGGGUCACGUCAAUGCUCUUGACGAGACUUCCGGUUUAUGCGCAAGCAGAAUACACCCGAACAUCCUGUAUGCCCACAAUGACAAAGGGUCUGGACCAAAACUGUACGCCAUCAGCUCUUUGACCGGCGAAUUAAAGAAAACGAUUGACAUUCAUGGCGCACACAACCACGAUUGGGAGGAUGUUGCCUGUGGACCCUGCGAUGACAACGGAGGGCAUUGUAUAUAUAUAGGAGAUACAGGCGAUCACACAGGAGACAAUGCUAGGAAUAUAAUUUACAAAAUUCGGGAGCCAGCUUCCCUGGAUUCUCAUGGAGAUAUAGAUGUCCAUGUUGAAGCACAAAUUCGUUUCAUAUGGAACCCCCACCAAGACGACGCCGAAACUCUCAUGAUUGACCCACAGAGGAAUAUUUACAUUAUAUCAAAGGUAACAGACGGUCGAGGACGGGUCGGUAUGAUCGACAGUUCUGCUUGGAAUACAUCAGCAUUAGCAAUGGUAUCAAAUCUUGUCACCCUCCCUCUGUCGACAGGAAGUGAUGACCCGACAGGUGGGGACAUUUCUCCCGAUGGCCGAGAGAUUCUAAUACAGACUCAUCAUCAAAUAUUUUAUUGGAACAGGGAGGACGGGAUCAGCGUGAAGGAAACGUUAAUGCAGAGCCCAGUAGGUGUAUCUUUUCACCACGAAAAGGACGCAGAAGCAGUGGCGUGGGACGCGAUCGGGAGAGGUUACUACACUGUUUCCGAGGGACAUCACGAGACUCUUUACUACUAUUUAAGGCAAUGA